CAGAAAAACAUUUAUAAAAUAACAACGUCACAAAAUUGUUCAGUUUGAAUGAAAACCGAGUGAUAAUGCAUUUCACAUGCACCUAGUUUUCACGCGCUUUGGAAUUUUGAAUUGACUGGAAUUUAAUGCUUUUGAUUAAACAAAAACCACAAUACCCUUUUUCAGCUGUCAUGCAAACAGUGGCGUUGUUUGUCACUCAGGUGAUGCCAUGAUUUGAGCCGGUACACAGUGAUACGGUUAAUGUACCAAACUGAAGUUGUUGCCAUAGCUCCACUGUGGGACAGCACAGAUCAAACAAAAGCCUUUUUCAUGAAUGCUAGUUCAAUCCUGACAUUCAUCUCUGGCCAUAACAAGAAUGCAUCUGUUUCCUGCAGCACAGCAUAGCAAGCAUAUUUAAAUGCUGCAGGGGAAAAAAAGGGGGAGGGGGCAAGGGAUGCGCUUUGCUUUGGAAAAGAAAAAUAACCCAGCAAGAUUUGGGACUUCCUCUGCUAAAUGGCUUUAGCACAGCAGAUUACUUUGAGCUGAUCUUUAACCUUCUUCGGGACAUUCAUACAACAACAACUUGGCAUGACCUUUGCUCAGUUGUCUUUUAAGUACGAGAAGUGGGAAUUCUGCUGUGGAGUUCAGAGCUACCCAAGGCUCUCUCAAGGAAAGUGUGGUAGCUGCAGAGAGAAGUGCAGGAGAAGCACAGUAACGACGAUGGUAGGCAGCCAAAAACACGGUACAGAAGAGGAAGCUCAGGAAACUCCCAGAUUUCAACGAAAGACUCUGACGGCACCAGCUCCAUUUGCAGACGAAACAAGCUGUCAGUGCCAAGCCCCCCAUGAGAAGCUAACCAUUGCACAAGCCCGCCUGGGAACACCAGUUGACAGACCUGUCAGAGUGUAUGCAGAUGGAAUAUUUGACCUCUUCCACUCUGGCCAUGCUAGAGCUCUUAUGCAAGCCAAAACCCUCUUCCCAAAUAGCUACUUAUUAGUAGGAGUUUGCAGUGAUGAUUUAACUCAUAAAUUCAAAGGCUUCACUGUGAUGAACGAAACUGAGCGAUAUGAAGCCCUCAGACACUGUCGUUAUGUGGAUGAGGUCAUCAGAGAUGCACCCUGGACACUGACACCUGAGUUCCUUGAAAAACAUAAGAUUGACUUUGUAGCCCACGAUGACAUCCCGUACUCCUCCGCUGGCUCGGAUGAUGUAUACAAACACAUAAAGGAGGCAGCUACCCUCCGCAGUGCCCGGGCCUGCCGUGCCUUCUCAGAGGGCUUUCUUUUCCCACUUUGCUCAGGAAUGUUCGUACCAACGCAGAGAACGGAAGGUAUCUCCACCUCGGAUAUCAUUACACGGAUCGUCCGGGACUACGACGUGUACGCCCGGCGCAACCUCCAACGGGGAUACACCGCCAAAGAGCUCAAUGUUAGUUUUAUAAAUGAGAAGAAAUACCGUUUUCAAAACCAAGUGGACAAAAUGAAGGAGAAAGUCAAGAACGUGGAGGAAAAAUCAAAAGAAUUUGUUUACAAGGUGGAAGAGAAGAGCCACGACCUCAUUCAGAAAUGGGAAGAAAAGUCCAGGGAAUUUAUUGGCAACUUUUUAGAGCUGUUUGGACCCGACGGAGCAUGGAAGCAAAUGUUCCAGGAACGAAGCGGCCGAAUGCUCCAGGCUUUUUCUCCCCGGCAGAGCCCAAACAGCAGUCCCACGCGAGGCCGCUCUCCGUCCCGUUCUCCAUCUCCACCCUGGGUCUUCAAUAAAGCCUCCCCUCCCUCUUCUCCAAAAGCUGCCUCUGCCUCCCUCAGCAGCAUGAGCGAGGGAGAUGAGGAUGAAAAGUAAAAUAAAGAUAUAUUUUUUUAACCAUGAGACAGAAGAACAAGCUAUGAACUCAACCACUGGAUGGGGAGAAGCGCGAGGAACAUCAGGGGUAUCUCUGACAGCAGGGAGCGUGCUCCGGGAGAAGAUGUCGAAACCAGACUGGAGCACAGCAAGGGAGAUCUCAGGAAAAGCUCAUCCCAUCCCCACUCUCCUGGUGCCCGGAGGCCUGGCCGGCAGCACUUGCCAACGUGGUACCGGGGACUGAGAGAAGAACACACACCUUUGUGGGAGCUCCUGUCCACCAGUUGCUGCUUGACAGCUGCUGCGGCCAGGCCAGGCUGGUGGGGACCUCUGCAGCGGCUGGGGCGGGCAGGGGGGACUUGCUUGGCUCCCCAUCCAGACCCAGCACAGGGACAAGGGACAGCUGUGGCCUCUGGAUGGAGAAUGGUGGUUGUACCGGACCCUGCUAACCUCAAGCUCUUCUGGCACGUGAAGGAAUGGCACUGCUGCAGCAAACGCAUUCGGAAACAGGAAAUAACUUUACCUUUUUUUUUUUUUCUUUUUGGAUGAGAUCUGCCCCACACCCCAAGCCAUGCCAAUGAAAUGGAGA